AAGACUCAUCGAUAUCAGCGCACCGGUAAAUCCACGCUCACACAGAUUUCCUCAAUUUGGUUGACAACCUGAAAACUUAAAAUGUUUUAUUAGAAGAUUAAGAAGUUGCGCCUGCGCCGUGAUACUCCGUUUUUUUUUUUUCCUCGCAGCUUGAGGUAUGUCGCUUUGCUUAAAAAUCAGCAGCCGCAGCAAAGAGCAGAGGCGCAGGCAAAGUGCACUAUCGGAGAGCGAUUCCCACGGACGAGACAAAACGACAGCCCAGGGCCGUGGAUCAUAGUGGGGCUCAGAUCUGCAAACAUGCAGCCAUUGCUGCCGGUUCUGUAAACCAGGCAAAACAUUUUAUGUGGAAGACGCUCCUCUCCCGUGAAUUUGUUUGGACGAUCUCCCACAGCCAGGUCCACGUAUUGAGAUGAUCUAUUUUUGUGAUGGCGAAGGGUCUGAUUCCACGGGCCUGGGUGAAAAAGUCUUUUUACUUCCAGGCUCGGAUCUCCUUUGUGCGGGUGAAGUACCUGUUCCUUACGUGGCUGACUGUGCUGGUGGGGAGCUGGGUGCUCUAUGUGCAAUACUCGGCCUACACAGAGCUGUGCAGAGGACACGAGUGCAAGAACGCCAUUUGUGAUCAGUACAGGAAGGGAAUCAUUGAUGGCUCUGCCUGCAGCAGUCUGUGUGACAAAGACACCCUCUACAUGAGCAGGUGCCUGUCAACACUGCCAAACAACCAGGUUUACACGGGAAGCUGGGGAGACCACGACGGGAUCAUCCGCUGUAGGUUGGGGGAGGUCGUGCACUACGAGCUGGGCGAGGAGCCGGAGCCGCGGAGGGAAGCCCCCGUGUUCGACAAGCCCACCAGAGGCACGUCGGUGGAGAAGUUCAGAGAGAUGGUCUUUAAUCACCUCAAGUCCAAGCUUGGGGAGCAGGCUAACCUCGCCAGCCUCGUCAGCCAGAUCCUCUCUGUCGCCGAUGGCAAUAAAGAUGGACGGGUGUCGCUGCCAGAAGCUCGCUCUACAUGGGCCCUCCUGCAGAUGGAUGAGGUGUUGUUGGGUCUGCUGCUCCAGGACCGUGGACACACUCCUCGUCUCCUCGGCUACUGCGGAGACCUGUACAUGACGGAGCGCGUCCCCUACGGGCCCCUGUAUGGUUUGUCUCUACCCUGGCCGCUGGUUUCCUGGGUACCCAACGGCGUGCAGCGCACCAUGGACCAGUGGUUCACCCCCUCGUGGCCUCGCAAAGCCAAGAUCUCCAUGGGCCUCCUGGAGCUGGUGGAGGACAUCUUCCACGGCACCUACGGCAGCUUUCUGAUUUGCGACCUCGCCGCCGAGCACUUUGGUUACACCGACCGCCACGAGCUCCGCCUGACUAAUGCCCGAGCGGUGGUUCCAGAGGACGAGUUCAGGCGCGCCAUGCGGGUGCUGAAGUGUGAGACGGAUGCCGACUGCGUGUAUGGCGUGGACUGCCAGACGUCCUGUGACGUGUCGGAGAAACGCUGCAGGGAGGAGCCAGUUCGGCCAAACUUGGCCAAGGCGUGCGGCACGCUAAAGGACUACCUCCUGCGCGGGGCGCCGUCGGGGCUCAGAGAGGAGCUGGAGAGGCAGUUGUACGCCUGCAUGGCUCUCAGGGGUAACGCUGGACAGAUGAACAUGGAGCACUCGCUUAUUCUCAACAACCUGAAAGCUCUGCUGUGGAGACAGAUCUCACACACCAAGGACUCGUGACGAGGAAGCCCGUUUUGAAAUCUUGUUCCUCAAACGGAGCGGAGUACUUAAGAUGCUGUGAUUUAGGAAUAGCCAAUUUAAUUAAGUAGUUUUUAUCAACUCUUAACACUUACGAACGGUUAGACUGAUGGAGACUCUACCUCCUCUGUCCAGGUUUUCGGAAGUUUGGGGCCUGGAAACCACGUCUGAAAUGUAAGACUAAAAUGAACUGAAUGAUUGCAUGUUUCCACCAUCAGUCACACUUAAAAAAAAAAGUUCAUGCA